AUGUCCAGAGCCAUCAUUAUUAUCACUGCGCUCCUCUGCUCCCUGGCAUCGGCUCAGCUCUUGAUAUUACCGCCUGCCGUCAUAGAUAAGCCCCAGUCCCACAAGGACCACCACCAUGGUUGGUCUCCCAAACGCAGCUGUCAAACAAUCUAUCUCGACUCAACCUUUGCUCCCCACCGCGACGCUGAUGGGCUCACUCUCAUUCCACCCACGGCCCACGACUUUGCCCAGACAUUUCAAGAUGACCUCGCUCAGAUCACGGGGGUCAACUGGACCCUGACCAUUGUCGACUCCCUUCCCGAAAUUGACAAGGCCAACGGAGCCAUUCUUCUCGGAAAUUAUACAGGAGAUAGGGCAGACAUGAUCUACCAGGAUGGAACGCCCACAUCGGAAGGAUACUCUCUCGACAUAUCACCCCAUGGCAUUUCCAUCAGCGGCACCGGCUCACGGGGCAUGUGGUGGGGAACACGGACAUUCCUCCAGAUGCUUCUCACCACAGACAGUGGGGUGCUGCCUGCUGGUCGAACACUUGACGCCCCUGCCUACUCCACCCGCGGCUACAUGUUUGACGCCGGACGCAAGUGGUAUAAGCCCUCGUUCCUCAAGGAAAUGUGCAGCUACGCUUCCUUCUUCAAGAUGAGCGAGUUCCACUACCAUCUCAGCGACAACUACCCCCUCAACCGUGGGAAGAAUGACACAUGGCAAGACGUCUACUCGCAUUUCUCCCUGCUUCCCGAAGACGAGUCGCUGCGUGGGAUUGUUCAUGGCCGGGAGAACGAGACGCUCUCGCGCGACGAGUUUGCCGAUGUGCAAUCCCACUGCGCGAGAAGGGGGCCUGAACUGUCCCUUGACAAGCGCGACCUGCUCAACCUUUCCCACCCGGAGACGAUACCCACCGUCAAGCGCAUCUGGGCAGAGUUCCUCCCCUGGUUCGAGACAAAAGAGGUGCACGUUGGUGCGGAUGAGUAUGACGCUGCCCUGGCGGACGACUACAUUGGUUUUGUCAAUGAGAUGUCAGAUUUCCUCAGAAAAACCGGCGACAAACGUACACGCAUCUGGGGAACGUACAUGGACCCUCCUGUCCACAAUGUCAGCAUCACCACCGACGUCACCAUCCAGCACUGGCAGUACACUCAGACGGACCCGGUUGACCUGGUGGACAAAGGCUACCACGUCCUCAACUCGCACGACUGGUGGGCCUACAUGAGCAUCAAGAACGACCACACGCCCAUCCUGCCGGCGACUUACCCGCAGUUCUUCAAUGAGUCGCGUAUCCUCAACUUUGCCGACAAGCCUGGCUGGCAGUGGACACCUGCCGACUUCAACAACGUCAAUGCCAGCAUGCAGCUGAAUGACACCGAGCCGCUGAAUGGCGGCGCAAUCAUGGCUGCCUGGAACGACAAUGGACCCGACGCGUCGACUCAGCUGGAGAUGUACUACGCCAUGAGAAGGGGCAUCCCCCUUGUCGGAGCACGCGCCUGGACGGGAACCCGCGGACCACAAGUGGACGCCGAUACUAUCUCGCCCACAAUUGACUUCUUCUCGACGCUUGCACCGGCCCAGAACCUGGAUCGUUCAACAGGACCGAUCUCAUGGAAGCGCAGCCCUCACCAUGCCAAGACGGUGAAGCUAGGACAUGGAAGCAAAGGCAUGAACUACACCCUCAAUAUCAAGGCCGACGGCCCGUUCACACUGUCGAGCAGCGACGUGACCCUCUCUCUCGACGCCGAGGGACGGCUGGUCUUCAACUCGGACGGAUACGAGUACCCGCUCCGAUCUGUCACACCGAGCGAAGCGCUGGUACUGGACCCGGGCAAUCCAGGUCGUAUAUGGGACAACACGACGUCUACGCACGAGGAAGUGCAUGUCAAGACGCCGGUUGACCUGACGAUUGCGACGGAUGUGCAGCACGGCAGUGUGGUCUGGGUCGAUGGGAAUCUGGCGGGGAGAUACGAGGUAUUUGUCUAUGGCGGGAGGAACACGCUCUUCAGUUGGAGCCAGAUGGCAUUUGUAGCGCCGCUGGAGCAGGUCGAUGGCGAUUUGACAGAGUUGGAGGUCAAGGAUGAGGCCAGGCGGUUAGAGAAGUGGUCUGGAUAA